UUCUGUGAGCUGAAGCUGCAGCACACUGAUGGUUUCUUGCUGUAGUUUCUCGGCCAGCAUUUAAUGCGGAUGCAGCUUUUCAUCAUGGACUUUCAAAACUUAGCUCGGCCUGAAUGAAGUUCAGGGGAGAGUGGAUGGAUUUUAAGACAGAAAUUUACGCACGAUGGAGUUGUUCGCCAGGCGGUGCUUUGUUUGGAUACUCCUGGAGGGAACCUUUUGUCUGUUGGUUCUAGGGCAACAUCAUGCCAACUUCACCUUCAGCAAGACAGCAUCACCUGAACUCAACAGAGAUCAAGACCCGCCUGUACAAAGAAACUGGGCGCUCCACACUCAGAGUUUGAUUCAGAAAACCAAACAACCCAUCAGCCCUUUGAUUCCUCUUUCAAAGCAGGGACUUCUGGAAAUACUUGGAGGAAACUCCCAGUCACACUCCAACCCGUCCUUAAAGAUAAAGCUUCGCCCCAUCAUGAAAGUCCACGGAACAUCUAAAUUCUCCAGGACGUUCAGUUGGGGGGACUUUUACUCAAACAUCAAAACCGUCAAGCUGAAUUUGCUGAUAAUGGGCAAGAUCGUGGAUCACGGGAACGGCUCUCUUGGGGUCUACUUCCGGCACAACUCCACAGGUGUGGGCAACGUGUCUGUCAGCCUCGUCCCACCGAUGAAAGAGGUGGAGUUUGAUCUGGAGCGUCAAAGCGUGGUCAACCCCAAAGACUCGAAGACGUUCAACUGCAGGGUGGACUACGAGAAGACGGAGCGCAACAAAAAGGUGAUGCUGUGUAACUAUGACCCAUCCAAGACGUGUGCUCAGGAGCAGACCCAGAGCCACGUCACCUGGAUGUGCUCCAAACCUUUUCAGGUCAUCUGCAUCUACGUGUCUUUCUACAGCACGGACUACAGACUGGUUCAAAAAGUGUGUCCAGACUACAGCUACCAGAAUCCAGCAGCCUACAUGCCCACGGGUUAGCCAAGGACACUUGGGAGAAUAAUGUUUCACAAAAGAAAAAGGGACUCCAAAGUUUAGCAUUUCUUUGAAGAAUGUGUUACAAUUUACCAAACAAAGCAAAGUAAAUGUUUUAGUGCAAUAUCUUGCUUGUUGUAGACUACAAGAGUUGUAUUAGACCGUUUUUAUCAAAUGCAUAUAAUUAGGACUGCAGCUUACAAUUAUUUUCAUUAUCAAUGGAUGUGACCAGUGUUUUUCACGAUACUAGUUGUUUGUUUGG